GAACUUCGAAUAACCAAAAUGAAAAUGACGUUUCGUUUCUUUAUAAAAGCGUCCAUUUUGUUUCUGUAAAACGUGAAACGACUUUUAUAUUUUUGUUCGUCGGUGUUAUCUUAGUUAUCGUGAUUUUAUCCAGUCCUAAUUCUGCAUAAAAAGAACUCUGCAUUUCGAUUAUGCAUAGCAGUAACUUACUAUGACAUUUGUCUCGAAAACACGAGAUAGGACUUACUUAAAUAUGUGAUUUUUGUUUGUUUGGUGUCGUUAUUUUUCCGCGAAGAUCAUUAUCAUUAUCGAUACAAAAAUGGAGUUUUCCCAACCGCCUCCCAACAUGAGUAUGCCGCCUCCGAAUUUAGCCGUACCAACUAUUGUUGGUAUGCAAGGUUUCAAUAACAACAGACCUCAAUUUCGGCCUUUCAUGAACAUGCACAAACCCUUACCAGGCCCCCUAGGCAAUAUGACUUUGGAGGAUUUCGAUGGAAAAAGAUUGAGGAAGAGCGUCAUGAGAAAAACCGUGGAUUACAAUUCAUCAAUAAUUAAAGAAUUAGAGAAUCGCAUAUGGCAAAGGGACUACAGGGACAGAAGGGCUCUUCAGCCGGACGCUAUGUAUUAUCCAGACCUAAUGCCUCCGCCUAGCUAUCCAGAUAAUCCUAUUAACUGCGUUACUACUAGAUUCGUUAAAACGGCAACAAACAAAAUGAGAUGUCCAAUAUUUUGUAUGGCAUGGACACCGGAAGGUAGAAGAUUGGUAACCGGAGCUAGUUCAGGAGAAUUUACCUUAUGGAACGGCUUGACGUUCAAUUUCGAAACCAUUUUGCAGGCCCACGACAGUCCGGUACGAACGAUGGUGUGGAGCCACAACGACAGUUGGAUGAUAACGGGGGAUCAUGCGGGUUACGUUAAAUACUGGCAGUCGAAUAUGAACAACGUUAAAAUGUUCCAAGCGCACAAAGAAGCACUACGAGGCAUAAGCUUCAGCCCUUCCGACAACAAAUUCGUAACGUGUUCAGACGACGGUACAUUGCGUAUUUGGGACUUUUUCCGCCACCAAGAAGAGAGGAUACUCAGAGGACACGGUGCUGAUGUAAAAUGCGUUCACUGGCACCCCCAAAAAGGCCUCGUUAUUUCAGGCAGUAAAGAUAACCAGCAACCGAUUAAACUGUGGGACCCCAAAACCGGACAGUCCCUUGCCACUUUGCACGCUCACAAGUCAACAGUGAUGGAUUUAAAAUGGAACGAAAACGGCAACUGGCUGAUCACAGCGUCCAGAGACCAUUUAUUGAAGCUGUUCGAUUUGAGGAACUUGAGCCAAGAGGUGCAAACGUUCAGAGGGCACAAAAAAGAGGCUUCGAGCGUGGCCUGGCAUCCGGUGCACGAGGGGCUGUUUUGCAGCGGCGGAUCCGACGGGGCCAUUAUGUUUUGGCACGUUGGAGCCGAUAAGGAAGUCGGGGCUAUCGAACAGGCCCACGACAGCAUAGUGUGGACCUUAGCUUGGCAUCCAUUGGGCCACAUACUUUGUUCCGGUUCGAACGAUCACACCAGCAAAUUUUGGACUAGAAAUCGACCCGGCGAUCAAAUGCGAGACAAAUACAAUUUGAACACCUUACCUGCCGGUAUAGCAGGAUUAGAGGAUAUCGAUAUGACUGAUGAACCUGUAUCUGUGAUCCCGGGCAUGGGACCCGAAGAUAGGGUCGACAUUACGUCGAUCUUGACGGACGAGAAUCAAGCUAUCCCUGGUUUGGAUUUAGAUAGCGUUAUGAAUAACGAGGAAAAAUCGAAACCGAAGAAAGUGCCCUUCAGCAAACCAAUUCCGCGCAAUUUCCAAGCCCAAUGGAACGAGACCUCAGACGAUCCAACGGGUGCCCUUAACGAAGUGAUUUCCCAAAUAGUCGAAAACACGCCGGGAGUAGUGCCUUUGCAACAGCUCGCCCCGAACGCUAUAGUCAUUUACGGAAAAUUGAUACCAGUCGAACCCGGUUCCAAGCUCGAGCAAGCCAUCGCCGACGGGCCGGAAGCCCUGCAGAAGUACAUUGAUUCGGGCGAGAUCGAGGAGCUCCACGACGUCAUGCCGAUAAACGACGACGACGAUUACUUGAACGACGAGUACAACGACGACGACAGCCAGUCCAAAGACCACGAUAUGCGCAAACCGUUCGGCAACGAUACGGACAUGAGGGGCCUGGGCGACGUCGAUUUCAGGAGCAAAGACGUCGAUUUUAGGAGGGAAAACAGGCGCGAUUACGACAUGCGAAGCAUGCCCAUGGACGAUGAUUACAGGUACAACGAUCGCGGCGGCGGAGGCGAUCGCGACGAUGAUUACAGGAACGAUAGGUACAGAGGCGACGACGAUUUCGGCGACGGGUACUACGAUGACGGACCGCAAAAUUCAGGCAACUGGCAGAGAAACGGCAAAUUCGGCGGCAACUACGGCAACAGGAGAGGUCUCCCUCCGCCGCCGAGAGGCAACAAACCGUUCAACUCGAACUUCAGAGACCGGAAUUUCGGCAACUUCGGUCCCAAUUCCAACGACGAUAGAGACGGCUCAUGGAACGAUGGGGAUAAUUACGAUCGCGGCGAGGACAACUGGGGCGGCGACGGGGACAGUUGGAACGAAGGUAACGAUUGGAACGAUCAAAACGACGAUUGGAACGACCAGAACGAGGAGAAUUGGAAGGACGGGUCGCAGUACAACCGGCGAGGUAGAGGAGCGAGGAGGGAUAAUAGCAGGCCGAUACACAGCAGAGGCCGGGGAAAUCCGGGCAGAGGUUCCAGAGGCGGGGAUAGAGGUGUUAGAGGUGGUAGGCCUCGUGCUGGAAAGAGAGGAGGACCGAGAGGUGCUCCUAGGAGUCGUUUUUAAUUUAUUUCGCACCGAAUAAUCGUUAUCAAAUUUGUUGAAAGGCUAUUUCUUUAACCAUACGAUGAUGUGGAUAUAUUAAUAGGAACAUAAAUCGAGUGAUAUCGUUGGUUUUUUUUUUUCAUCGAUAGAUAUAAGGAUUUGUGAUUUUAAUAAAAAAAAAGACUUUAGAAUCGAUUUAAUAAUUUUGUGAUAAUUUUUUCACAAAUCGCGAAGAUCAUUUAGUUUCGUUGGCGCACGUUGGUUUUCUUAUAAGAAAUGUCCAUUAAAUUAUCUGAAUUAUACUUUUUUGUAAAUAGAGUGAAAUUGAUUUCAAUUGGUUUUUUGUUACACGUUGUAUACAAACAUAUUCGUAAUUGAUAAAUGGAAUAUAUUUGUUCUUAAUUACGCGCUGGAAGUUUUC